CUUGGUGUUUGUCUUGCUCUCCAUCGUUCUUUCCUUACUUCCGGUUAUCGGCUGUCUUUUCUUGUCUUAAAUCUUUAUUUUAACUGCACUACUAUAAAGUCUUCACCUGUCGAUCCCUUCAGUGGAACCAGCAAGAGCCUUCUCCUCCCCCCCGCUCAUUACAAUGGCCCCCAUCACGAAGUGCCUUGCUUUUCUCUCUCUUGUUCUCUCGGUUACUGCCCUCACAUCCCCUCACAUCUCCAACAAUGUUUUCGAUCACCGUCGCGCUGUUGCUCGCGUCGCCGUACAGGCAGUCACCGCUGGUCAAGUCGAUGCUCCGCCAGCUCCCAAACGUAAACGUUCUCUGAACAAACGUUGCACACCUAAGCCAUCUGGUAACUCCACUGUAUCUUCGACCUCCGCUUCUGUUGCUGCUACAACCGUUCCGGUUAACGUUGCUCCAUCGCCUGUCCUACCCUCCUCUUCUUCGCAUUCCUAUUCCUCAUCUGCUUCGGGGUCGAUCUACCAAGCUUCCACUCCCACCCCCACUCCUACGCCUACGCCUACGCCUACGCCCACGCCCACGCCCACGCCCACACCCACACCUACGUCCACACCUUCCCCAAGUACCACCAGCCAGGCUGCUCAGACUACCUCUGCAUCCAACGGUGGUGUGCCGGACGGCUUCCUCAGCGGCAUUAAUGCUGGGCAGGGCACAUACUACGCGACUGGUCUUGGAGCAUGUGGUAUCACAAACACCGACAGUGAUUACAUUGCUGCUGUCUCUUACUUGUUGUUCGACGAGUACCCUGGCUAUGAUGGUGCGAACCCUAACACCAACCCUGUCUGCAACCAGCAAGUUACUGCUACCUACCAGGGAAAGAGUGUAACAGUCACGAUCACAGACAGGUGCACGGGCUGUGCGCUUAAAGACCUUGACUUCUCGCCUUCUGCAUUCUCCUCACUUGCGGAUGAGUCGUUGGGUCGCAUCGACAUUGACUGGUCCUGGUCCUAAACAUCUCGCUGUCGUUACGCCUUCAUGCUUUCGCGACGAAUGGGCAUAAAGUCUUCUAUGUUUUUAUUCAUUAUUCUUCCGGUUAAAUACUUCAAGGUAUAUAUCCUUUCCGACUGCUUUCGCGCCAGACGCCUCUCUGCUAGCAGAGAGCUUGGGAUCGCUGUCGAUUUCUCAUUCCCAUAUACCCACACACUCACGUGUGCUACGUACUUACUAUCACUGGAUGGUUCCUAUAUACCUAGUUGAUGGGUUGGAAUGAGCAGUUGUUGCUUGCUUGGAUCUUGCAGCGCUUUUCUUGACAGGUUCAGCUUUGGUAUAAAUUUUAUUAUCGUGCAGCUUGUAAUACAAAGUGGAAUAUAGAUGCUUGCUAUGUAACUUGUA